AUGAUCAAGGCGGUGUUGCGCGAGUAUCAAUUGGAAGGUUUGCGAUGGAACGUCGGAAUGUACGAUCAAGGAUGCUCGUGCAUCUUGGCGGAUGAGAUGGGUUUAGGUAAAACGUUACAGUCGAUUUCGUUCUUGGCGUGCAUAAAGGAGAUGCGUCACGCCAACGGACCGCACUUGGUCGUGUGCCCGCUCUCCGUGCUCUCGUCAUGGAUGGACGAGUUGCAAAAAUGGGCGCCGUCGUUCCGCGUCGUGCGCUUGCAUUCCGGCGACGAAAAUGAACGUGUUCGUUUGCGAAAAGAAGUGGUGCCGAACACCGAAUCCUACGACGUCGCCGUGACGACGUACGAGAUGGCGUGUAACCCGGCGUUCAACGUGACGUUGACACAAAAGGUCAUGUGGCGUUGCUUGAUUCUUGACGAAGGUCAUCGCGUGAAGAACGAAGAAACGGCGGCGCAUCAAGUGCUAAAGCGCAUCAAACGUCAACACACGCUUCUGUUGACUGGUACGCCUAUCCAAAACAACUUGCACGAGCUGUACGCCAUUCUUUCCUUUUUGCAUCCCGACGUCUUCACGUCAAGCGAACCAUUCGAUAAGGCGUUCAAUUUGAACACCUCAGAACACAAGGUUGACUCAAACUUACUGGAAAAAGCACACUUUCUGAUGCGUCCAUUCAUUUUACGCCGCGUCAAGGGUGAGGUUGAAGUGUCGCUUCCACCAAAGACAGAGACGAAGAUUAUGUGCCCGUUGUCCGAGGCACAGACGUUUUGGUAUCGACGACUCUUGCUUCGGGAAGCGACGGCUUUGCAGUCGCUCGAAAAGGCGACCAAAGGCGAAGGUGGUGCGGAUAACUUCCAAAAGCUCAAUUCGUUGUUGAUGCAAUUGCGAAAGUGCUGCAAUCAUCCGUUUUUGUUCACCGGUACUGACGUGCCCGAAGAUGGCGUGCCGAUCGAGGAUCUCAUCUCGGCGUCUGGUAAACUCGCCGUGCUCGACAGAAUGUUGCAAAAGUUAAAAGAAGGCGGACAUAGAGUGGUGUUGUUCUCACAGUUUACUUCCAUGCUCGACAUCUUACAAGAUUUCUUGACUUUGAGAGGGUACACCUACGCUCGUUUGGACGGGUCGACGAAUCGCGUGCAGCGUUCCAUCGACAUCGCCGCCUUCAACCGUCCAGAUUCACCCAUGUUUGCGUUCUUGCUCUCCACCCGUGCCGGUGGUUUAGGUGUAAACCUUCAGACUGCGGACACGUGCAUCUUGUUCGAUAGCGAUUGGAACCCUCAAGUGGAUCUUCAAGCGAUGGCUCGCGUGCACCGCAUCGGUCAGAAGAAGAUGGUGCACAUUUACCGACUUGUCACUGCGGGUACUGUCGAAGAGCGCAUGACGCAGCGCGCGGAGAAGAAGCUUUUCUUGGAUCAAAUGGUUUCACGAGGUUCCACGAAGGCUGCAGAACAAUCGGAUAACCUCGAUAGGAACGAUUUGUACGCCAUGUUACGAUUUGGAGUUGACGCCGUCUUCAGUAAAGCGAGCGGCGAUCCUCCAACCGAUGAGGAAUUGGACAUUCUCAUGGACCGC